GGGGCCGCGGCCGCCGCCAGGGCCGGAGCGGGGCGAGACCGGCGGCCGGAUUUUGGAUGGGCGCAGCCCCCCCCGGCCAUGGGCGAGUCACAGCAGGAGGCCAAGGUGGGACCUGUCCCCGUGGCCCCGGUGUCCCCAGGGCUGGGGGCACGGGGGCUCAGCUGUCCCUUGUCCCCGCAGGGCUCGGUGCUGAGGGGGCUGCUGGCCUUCUUCAGCCGGGAGCAGCUCCCGGCACGCGCGGUGCUGGGCACCAUCCUGGCCCUCGCCGUCGCCGUCAUGGCCGUCGCCGUGCUGGGCUGGUGGCUGCGCCUCAAGAAGGUCCCCGCGCAGGAGCCGCCGCGCUACCGCUUCCGCAAGCGGGACAAGGUCCUGUUCUACAGCCGCAAGAUCAUGCGUAAGGUGUCCCAGUCCACGUCGUCGCUGGUGGACGUCAGCAUGGCCAGCGGCACCGCACGGCCCCGCAGCCGCAAGAAGCUCAAGAUGCUGAGCAUCGCCAAGAAGGUCUCGGCCAGCUUCCUGCGCAUCCAGAAGGAGCCGCCCACGCUGCAGCUGAAGGAGCCGCCGCCCUCGGUGCUGGAGGCCGACCUGACCGAGUUUGACGUGGCCUCGUCACACCUGCCCUCCGAGGUGCUCUACAUGCUCAAGAACGUCCGGGUGCUGGGGCACUUUGAGAAGCCGCUGUUCCUGGAGCUGUGCAAGCACAUGGUGUUCCAGCAGUGCCAGCAGGGCGAGGACGUGUUCCGCCCCGGCCAGCCCGACACCAGCAUCUACGUCCUGCAGGAGGGCAAGCUGGAGCUGCUGCUCACCGAGGCGGACGGGAAGGAGACAGUGAUGAAGGAGGUGUUCCCUGGGGACAGCGUCCACAGCCUGCUCAGCAUCCUCGACGUCAUCACGGGCCACCAGCGGCCGUACCGGACGGUGUGUGCCCGCGCGGCCGAGGACUCCACGGUGCUGCGCCUGCCGGUCGAGGCCUUCUCAGCCGUCUUUGAGAAGUACCCCGAGAGCCUGGUCAGGGUGGUGCAGAUCAUCAUGGUGCGGCUGCAGCGCGUCACCUUCCUGGCCUUGCACAACUACCUGGGCUUGACCAACGAGCUCUUCAGCCACGACAUGCAGCCCCUGCGGCUCUUCCCUCAACCUUGCCAUGCCGCUCGCACCAGCCCCGUCCGGCACAGCAAGCGCAGCCUGGGCAGCACCGAUGAGGGCCGGGACACCGCCGAGCUGAUGAAAGCUGCUGGCCUGGAGACGCCAGCACCGCCGCAGCUGAGCCGCUGCAUCUCCAUGCCCGUGGACAUCUCUGGCAUCCAGAAGGCUCCGCGCUCCGAUUUCGACAUGGCCUACGAGCGCGGGCGCAUCUCAGUGUCACUGCAGGAGGACAGCACCGGCGCCUUCGGGCAGGUGUCCCAGGAGCCCAAGGAGCGCAAGUCAGUGACGCUGGAGGAGCAGCCCUCGGGGGUCUACCACUACAGCUCCUGCGAGGAGGACACAGCCUCGGGGACAGGGACAGGGAUGGGGACGUGUCCCUUCGGGCCCUACCAGGGCCGCCAGACCAGCGACAUCUUCGAGGAGGCCAAGCGGGAGCUCAUCAAGCUCAUGAAGAUCGAGGACCCUUCUCUCCUCAACAACCGCGUCCUGCUCCACCACGCUAAGGGCGGCACGGUCAUCGCCCGCCAGGGUGACCAGGAUGUGAGCCUGCACUUUGUGCUCUGGGGGUGCCUGCACGUGUACCAGCGCAUGAUCGACAAGGAGGAGGACGUGUGCCUGUUCCUGACACAGCCCGGCGAGCUGGUGGGACAGCUGGCUGUGCUCACUGGGGAGCCCCUCAUCUUCACCAUCAAGGCCAACCGUGACUGCACCUUCCUCAAGAUCUCCAAGUCCGACUUCUACGAGAUCAUGCGGGAGCAGCCCAGCGUGGUGCUGAGCGUGGCCCACACCGUGGCUGCCCGCAUGUCGCCCUUCGUGCGCCAGAUGGACUUCGCCAUCGACUGGAUGGCUGUGGAGGCUGGCCGGGCGCUCUACAGGCAGGGGGACAAGUCGGACUGCACCUACAUCGUGCUCAACGGGCGGCUGCGCUCGGUCAUCCAGAAGGGCAGCGGCAAGAAGGAGCUGGUGGGCGAGUACGGCCGCGGUGACCUCGUGGGCGUGGUGGAGGCGCUGACACGGCAGCCCCGGGCCACCACGGUGCAUGCGGUGAGGGACACGGAGCUGGCCAAGCUGCCCGAGGGGACCCUCAACAACAUCAAGCGCCGAUACCCGCAGGUGGUCACCCGCCUCAUCCACCUCCUGAGCCAGAAGAUCUUGGGGAACCUCCAGCAGCUCCGUGGGCCCUUCGCAGGGCCCGGCCUGGGCAUGGCCUCCAGCUCGGAGCCCAUCAAUCCCACCAGCAACCUGUCGACGGUGGCAGUGCUGCCUGUGUGUGACGAGGUGCCCAUGGCGGCCUUCACGCUGGAGCUGCAGCAUGCGCUCAACGCCAUCGGCCCCACGCUGCUCCUCACCAGCGACAUCAUCCGCGCCCGCCUGGGCUCCUCGGCUCUGGAGAGCAUCCAGGAGUACCGGCUGUCAGGCUGGCUGGCGCAGCAGGAGGACCUGCACCGCAUCGUGCUCUACCAGACCGACUGCACGCUGACCCCCUGGACGCUGCGCUGCAUCCGCCAGGCCGACUGCGUCCUCAUUGUGGGGCUGGGCGACCAGGAGCCCGCCCUGGGCGAGCUGGAGCAGAUGCUGGAGAACACGGCGGUGCGGGCGCUGAAGCAGCUGGUGCUGCUGCACCGCGAGGAUGGCGCCGGCCCGGCGCGCACGGUCGAGUGGCUCAACAUGCGCAGCUGGUGCUCGGGCCACCUGCACAUCCGCUGCCCCCGCCGCGUCUUCUCGCGCCGCAGCCCCGCCAAGCUGCGGGAGAUGUACGAGAAGGUGUUUGAGAAGAGCGCCGACCGGCACAGCGACUUCUCUCGCCUGGCGCGCGUGCUCACCGGCAACACCAUCGCCCUGGUGCUGGGUGGCGGCGGUGCCAGGGGCUGCUCGCACAUCGGGGUCAUCAAGGCCAUGGAGGAGUCGGGGAUCCCCAUCGACCUCGUGGGGGGCACCUCCAUCGGCGCCUUCAUCGGCGCGCUCUACGCCGAGGAGCGCAGCGCCGUGCGCACCAAGCAGCGGGCGCGGGAGUGGGCCAGGGUGGGUGACGGGGACGUGCCCACCCCAGGGACUCGCUCAGCCUGUGCCCAGCUCUGCCCCGCUGGUGCUAACCUGGCCUCUUCCUGUUCUUCUUCUUCCUCUUGCUUUUCUUCCCUCUCCUUUCCUUCUCCUUCUUCCUCUUUUUCUGCUCCAUCUUCUUUUCUUCUGCUUUCUUUUUCUGCUCUUCUUUGGUUUUUUUUCUUCUCUUUUUGCCUUAUUUCUUCUCCUCCUCCUGAGGAGGAGAAGUCCCUUCGGCACCGCCCGAGCACGGCCGGGACCCCCCCGCCCCCCCCCGCGGACCCCGAAGGCUUCUGA